AUGAUUAUCAUUAUGAUCAUUCAACCUGGCUCUUGUAGUAUCACAUAUGGUCAUGCCUCUUCUGCUAGUAGUACAACUUCUACUAGUGGUGGCGGUAUUGGUGGCAGUGAAGUUGUUGCUGGAAAAGAACCUCUUGAGCUUUGUAUUUUUCAUUUUGCGGUGGUGGUGGUGGUGGUUGGCCUUGGUGGUGGCGGUGGCUGCAGUAGUGGUUGUGUUGGGAAGCCAGUGACUUUGUUGUUUCUAUCAACAUGGCCCAUGCAGCUGACUCUAGGAGAUGAAGGGUCAUCGGAGGAGGAGGAUGAAGACGAAUGGGCAGAAAUUCCAGGGAGAUUUACGUCUUUGAUCGAUACUCGGCACAUCAGUGGCAAGAAAGAGAUUCUGUGGCGGAAAUUCUGGUGA